AUGAUCCCUCUGCACGGGCGCCUCUUCAAGCAGUGGAUGCACGUCGCAUACCCGCGCGAGUGCUCCUUCCCGCACGUCACGGGGACGACAAGCCCUCAGCGGGCGGUCGACUGGAUGGCGACUACGGGCCAGGAGAUCGCGGCCACCACAGAGGAGAUGGCCCAGCACAUGGAGACGUCGCCGAGACACGCGCGAGGCCGCGGAGCUGGGCUGGAGGAAAGCUGCGGGCUGUGGACGAUGGAGGAGGAGCUCGUGUCGGUGCACGUGGGCGCCUCGGAGCACGGCGUCAGGACCUCCCUGCGCCCGGCCCUGCGGGGCCUGCUCUUCGCGGCCGCCGCGGCCUCCGCCUCGCUGGCGGCGCUGCGGAGCUGCUGGGCCGCCCUCGGGGGCGACCCCGGGGGCGACGGCAAGGCGCCGCCGGAGCCGGCGAGGUUCCACCUGUGA